AAAAGUAUCAAAUAUUGCAAAAUUGCUCAAAAUGAGUUUAAUUAUAUUAAUCAUGCAAUUUCAGAAUCAGAAUUUGAAUGGGUUAUAGAAAAUUAUGCAAAUAUGGUUGAGUUUGAUAAUGAUAUGUUCAACGAUAAUACUGAAGAUGAAGAAGAGCUUGAUGCUAAUUACAUUUCUGAUACUGAGAACUUGGAUGACCUUUUACAAUUCGAUAGUAAAACUUUGGAGAUUGAAGAAAUGUUAGUUUUUAACACGUUUUUGGAUGAAAAAACAAAUGAAAUGAGAUAA